AUUCAGAUUAAUUUAAGGAGGAAAGGGAUCAAAAGUGUCGGCCGAAUGAAUCCAUUGUGAGAUUGGAGAGAGAAUAAUUUCAGUGGCUGACCACCGCAAGAAACAAAAACUUGACAAUCAAUCCAUUUCAUACCCAAUCAAUUUCCACAAACAAAACGGAUUAUAUAUACUAAUGGUGAUUGAUUAAAAUCCCUUAUGACAAAAAAACAAAAACGAUAUGGGAAAUUGUGUUUUGAGAGGUUUUGGAGGAGGAGAUGAGAAUCAGGUUACAGAGAUGGUCAAAGUGGUAACAUUAAACGGUGGAAUUAUGGAGCUUUACCCUCCAAUCACGGCGGGGUGUAUCACCGGCGAGUUCCCGGAUCACGGUAUCUUUCUCCGGCAGUGUCCGACCGGAGAUGAUGAUCAUGAACAAAGUAACCUGCAGAUUUCUUCUCAUCCUUUACUUGAUACCCAACAACUUCAUCCAGGACGACUCUAUUAUCUACUGCCCCUUAAAGCCACCGGCCCGGCGGCCGUCCCGGCAGCCACCAGCCGCCGGCUGAGCAGCUCAGCCGACGGAGGAGUUACCCGUGAAAAAAGGAGGAAGCAAGAAGACACGGCGGCGGAGUUGCCGAGGUAUAACGCCGGAAACACCGGAGUGUGGAAGGUCCGGUUGGUGAUCAAGCCGGAGCAGCUGUCGGAAAUAUUAUCCCACGAGUCCCGGACUGAGGAACUUAUAGAAAGUGUCCGUACGGCGGCAAAGUUCGGCGCCACCGCCACCGGUAAUUAUAUUAAUAAUAAUAAUAAUCAUAUUGCGAGUACGAGAUCAUCACCCUCAUCUUGGGUAUCUUCAAUGGCUGCCAAUAAUUAUUAUUCCAAUCGAUCCAGUGUCUCCAGCAGUUGGAGGAUCGAGCAUUGAAUUCUUUUGUUAUUGUUGUUAUUUUUUUUACAUUACUAGUGUGCGAUUGUGUCUAAAAUUUGACACGAAGAGAAAAAAAGAAAUAUACAUAUAUAAUAGUACAUUACACGUUCAAUAUAGAGUUCAAUAAGUCGGAUUCCAACUUCAAAGCUCAACAGAUUGGUUGUAGCAUGUGUUUAUGUACAAAUUAUAUGUAUACUUUGUUAAUUAGUGCAAAAUUGGUAUAGAUGAUUCAAAUGAUGUAUGCGCUUACAAGUCACAUUUAAUUAAGUAAACAGACCAAACAUAUGUUUCCUUCUUCGUCUAUGAUAACGCUCUCUUUGUUUGCCAUUUGUGGUAAAUAUCGCAGCAUCUGAGUAUAGUAUUUUUCAUAUUUUGUGAGAGUGGGAAUUAAAAAUGACGCUUCUUAAACUACGUUAUUUCAUUUUUGUUUUUUGAAAAUGUAUAUGAAUUUAUUUGCCGCAGACAAAGUGAAAUGAGACUCGGAACAGUACAUGUUCGCAAGAAUACAGUUCGUUCAGAAGGGGAAAAGAAAAAAAGUUAUUGGGGAAAGGUGAAUGAAUUGUCAACCCUGAUCAUUAAGGCAACUUGUGGCUACUAAAUGGCAAGUAGACAACUAAUUCAAAUUGUGUGUAACAAGUAAGGAG